ACAUAAACAAAACUCAAAAGUCACAAAAACAAAAAAAAACAGCUUGAGAUAACCAUAAGAGGAAAGAUUCUAGCGAGUAAACCUGCUAUUUCAAUUUGAAAAAGAAAAAUGGCUUCCCACGACCAAAGUUACAAAGCUGGUGAAACCAUGGGCAGAACUGAGGAAAAGUCAAACCAGAUGAUGGGCAACAUAGGUGACAAAGCCCAAGCUGCAAAGGAAAAAGUCCAGCAAACAGCCCAAGCAGCUAAGGAGAAGACAGGACAGACAGCCCAAGCUGCAAAGGAGAAAACCCAAGAAACAGCCCAAGCUGCAAAGGACAAAACCCAGCAAGCAGCCCAAGCAACAAAGGAUAAAACCCAAGACACAACUGGUCAAGCAAGAGACAAGGGUUAUGAAAUGGGCCAGGCUACAAAAGAAACUGCCCAAUCAGGAAAGGACAACUCAGCUGGGUUUUUGCAACAGACAGGUGAGAAGGUUAAGGGUAUGGCACAAGGUGCAACUGAAGCAGUUAAGAACACUUUAGGAAUGAAUAAUGAUGAGGAAGACAAGGACCAUUUCACAACAAAAACAACUACAACAACCCGUCGUAACGUCGUUGAUUGAGAUUAUUAGCUACUAUGUUUCGAUAAUGUUGUAUUGUAAUUUGUUUUUCUUGAAUUUGGUUUUUACCAAAUGCACUUUCUUUUAGAAUAAGUUACGAUUCCCUCAUAUCUAGAGAGGUGAAAGGGAAAUGUAUUAUGUAAUCUCUAUUUUUCUAGUUUCUAGUUUGAACCUUGUUCUUCUUGUGAUAAAUAAUACUUUAAUUUUCUGUUCC